AUGGAGAUGCUAGAUAGAUACAACGAGAGGACGAGAAGGAUGAGGGUUUCUGGAGUAGAGGAAUAUGGAAGGGUACCUAUUGAAAAUAUCAAAACACUUUUUGUCUGGAAUAUUCUAUCCACAUUUUCAGAAGCUUUUAUUUACGUAAGUCUCAUUAAUGUCUUCUGUAACUUUGGACCACUGUAUCUGGUAAAGGUGUGUCCCAAUGCUGCCUUGGUCGAGCCAGGGUUUUAUGCUCCAGUCAAGUACUUUUCCGCAGCCAAGGCAUCUAAAGCACAGAGAGCCACACACGGAAGAGGCUUUUUACAGAGCUCUCCUUUGAAGGUAAAGCUGAGCACAAAGCAGUACCCAAACUUCCUUCACAACUCCAAGCCACUGAGCCAUAGCAAGUGUCAGGACUUUGCCAAUCACUACAUGGGAUUUAAUGGAUGGCGCACCCACAUUGUUACAGUGAAUGACAUACCCUGGAGUCAAUUUGACCCUGACGGCCAGGAGGAAAAUGAGGAUAUACCGUGGGAACUCAGUGUCAACAUGUGACAUGUACCUGGAGACAAUUUGACCCUGUGACGACCAGGAGGAAAAUGAGGAUAUACCGUGGGAACUCAGUGUCAACAUGUGACAUGUACCUGGAGACAAUUCACCUGUGUUCACCUGCACUUACUGUGUUCAAGUUGGUGCCAAACAACAACUUGACAUUUCCUGUUACUUUUUAAAGAAUGUAACUGGAAAAAUUGUAUGGAAUGUUUUGUAAAACGGUAUAUCUUGACGUACUACUACUGCAUAUAACAUGCUUUUGAAAUUCUGUAAAUGUUUAUGAACUUUUGACAAUUCAAUGUCUUAUUGAAAGCACAAGUGGUUUUUUCCUUUUAUUAUGUUCAAGUGUUUGUGUCUCUUAGAGAGAGAGAGAACUAGAGCAGCCAGUCAGUGUGUUUAUGUUUUGUGGUAAAAUGUGCUUAAUCAUCUAAGUGGAUGAUUUAUGACAAUGAGGCAGUAAAGGAGUCACAAUCCGCCAGCAGGCACUGAGCAUUGGCUCGUGUGUGUGUGCCCCGCCCCAGGGAAGCUAGCUUCCUCAAGCCGCUGCCAAUCUCACCAGCGCUAUUUACUGUAUGUCAUGCCACGAGAUCAUAUCACAAUGUAUCAAAGGGAGUUUUCUUCUUUCAUUUAGUUUUUUGCCUUUCAUUGGUAUUCGUUUUCUAAUCUAAACAUCUGCAGCCAUGGAUACCAAACCCCUCCCUAUUCUAAUCUGCCUCUGUGUCAUCAGAAGUGUAUGAGUGCACGGCAGACUGUUUGACUGGAAGUCACUGUGGCGGAUCCGUCAUUUUACGAUACUCUGUUACUGUCGGAUGAAAGUGUAAACAUUUUUUAUUUGAAGUUGUCAUGGUUUUGGUCUUGAAUUACAACGAAGUGCAGUCAGUGACACAUCUAGUAGUAGUACGUUUUCCCUCUUGAUUAGCAGGUUUUAGUGAUUGACAGCCAAACACCAGGUAUAGAACGUUUCAAUUUGUUGGCAUGAAGUGUACAGUAAUGUGUAUUAGUCAGCAUUAGACUUGUAUCAUAGCUUUUCCACACUCCGGUAUGAUGAGCAGUAGCCCUAGUAUUGGAAUCCAAUGAGGAGAUGUAACCAGGCAACCAUCCACCCAUUUUGGCAGCCCAAUAUGGGAAGGAUGUGUCAAAAGUUGGAGUUUCAAUCUGUUGUCUGUAAAGUUUACCGUAAUCUAUAUUAGUCAGCAUUAGACUUCAGACUUAACCACACUGGUAUGAUGAAGAAUAACCAGACAACCAUGGAUGGUUUGGGAGAAGACUUACAGUCAGGUUCAUAGUUAUUGAUACCCUUGAUAAACAUGAGCAAAAAUACUGAAUCAAAAUACUGAGCUAUGUUGUGUGCUCAGAAAUAAAAUGGGAAAUUAUAUAAUUUUAUACUAAUACAAUUGCUCAGAGAAACAGAUGUUGUUUACCAAGUAGCGUUUGUUUUUGUUGAAGAUGGGGGGGGGGGGGAUCAACAUUAUUGGCACUGUUUUCAAUACUCUAGGAUAACAACAGUGAGCCUUUUUGGUUACAUGUUUUAUGAGAUUGGAUGUUGGGAGGGAGCUUAGACUAUUCCUCCACACAGAAUCUUUCCAGAUCUUUCCUUCUUCUGCUCAGAAUGGACUGCCCUCUUCAAUUCAAACCACAAGUUUUCAAUGAGGUUCAAGUACAGAGACUGAGAUGGACAUUGCAAAAUGUUGAUUUUGUGGUCAAUUAACAAGGGCUCCAGGACCAGUGGAAUCCAAAUGACAUCAAAGAUCCACCACCAUAUUUUACUGUAGGUAUAAGGUCAUUUUCAAGGUCAAUGAGCUCAAAUGUUAUUGUCAUCUGACCAUAGCACCGGUUCCAAUCAAAGUGUCAAUGCCGUUUAUAGAACUCCAGAUAGUCAGAUGACAUAAAAAUAGAGCUCUUUGGCACCGAAAAAUGGAAGCAUAUGCAGAAAAGUACCUCAUACCUACAUUAUACCUCAAACCUGAGGGGGCAGUCCAUCAGAGCAGACAAAGGAGAUCAAGGGUCUGGAAUGAUCUAAGAUCCCUCGCAACGUAUUCUCAGAUCUCUUUCUCUGAGCAAUUGUAUGAGUAUAAAACAAUAUAAUUUCCACAUUUUUCUUUUCGCAUACUGUAGCUCAGUAUUUAAAUUAUUUACUGUAUUUUAUAUACAGUAUUUUUUGCUAAUCUUUAUCAAGGGUGACAAUAAUUAUGGACUUGGCUGUAUUGGCCAGCACCUUUUUGAUUUGAGAAUUAGAAAAGAAGUGGUUUAUUGUCGGCUGCCUAAAGCCACAGGUCUGUGGUAUCUUCCAGGGUUACCUUGUUGGUGUCACAGGUGUGGGCUGAAGCCGUGAGUCACUUCACAGCUCACACCUACCUUCGUAGCACUAGUUCUGCUAAAUAGCGACUAAUAACACACGUUCUGUGGAUGUGGCAGACUGGCGGGAUUUUAAAGACAAUUAUUGGGCCAAGAUGAUGAGUAAUACUUGACCUCAGAAGAAGAUGAAUAAAUCCCCUAUAAGAGACUGAGGUUUACAAAACCAGACGCUGUUUCCUGACCUUGUGAACGUUUUUCCACCUCAAUCAUAUAUUUUAGCAUUUGAAUGAUUGAGUCAAAUGAGCUGUGCUAAGGUUAAUCCAUAACUUUGACUUUAAAAAAAAAUAAAACGUUACUACUGCAAUAGCGCAAGGCUAUUCAUUUAAAUGUAAUCUUUAAUUGUCAAUCAAAAUGUAAUGGUAAGUGAUGAUGAGAAAAAGCCAGAUGAAAAACGAACAGUUAAUAACUUUUGUUUAGUGAAUAGCAAUAUUCUGUCAAAUGUUGACUUUUGGCCCUAAUUCAGUGUCAGACCCAUCCAACUUGUCAUAUUCUAGGGUGUAGUUCUCAUACAGAUGUACCACAGCAUGUAUAGCCCCUUCAUGAACUUCUACAGUAAUGAUCCCCUGUGAAUCAGAUGAGAUAUUUCUGUUUUAGCCAGCAGUGCUUAAAAAUCAGACCUGUGAUAAUGUACGUCUAUGUGGUGAAUCAUAACACUUCAACACCUUGACACCUGUUGAUUAACCGUGGUGUUUUGAUAUAGGUCGGUUUCAAUCUCAAGUCAGUGAAUCAUAUACUAUAAAAUAUGAUUCACCUCCAUGUUUCUAUUUCAGGUUUACAUAACGAGCGGUGCAGGGUGUGUCAUUCUGUUUACCCGUCUGGUUCCACUAGACAUAAAUCCUUUGAUUCUCAAUAAGCUCAACGGGCCCUCAGUCAAACCUCACCAUUUGAUCAGACUACACCUGGCUGUAACCUGACAUGAACACUACAGCAAUAGGUUACAUGCAUGUACAGUGCCUUCAGGAAGUAUUCACACCCCUUGACUUAUUCCUUAUUGUUGUGUUACAGCCUGAAUUGUAUUACAUUUAGAUGUUUUGUUUGUCACUGGCCUACACACAAUACCCCAUAAUGUCAAAAUAGAUUAUG